GGUUUUACUACUUGUCUUAACUCUUUGAGUUUGGUCCUUCAGAGAGCUGUGUGAUGUUCUUGUGAGGCCCAACGGUCCAAAACAAUUCACAGUAUUUCCUUCAUAAUACCUAUAAUAUUUUUUAAACUGAACCUUAAAUCAAAUAAGACCAAGUUUUUAUCACAGUGACAGUUUCAACCUUGAGGAGACUUCGCAUCACUAUCAUGCUGAGGUCUAGAUCAGGACAUGCCUUUCCCUCACCAAGGCUGAAUGCAUGUUUCGGAGAACCUGUGACCUCUGCAAUUUUUGAAACUGUCACUAUGCGUAACACACAUUAACUAUAUAAACCCCCUCAAGAUCAUCUCAUAAGUCACCACGCGUCCUUGUUACUCUCCAGACGCCCAAGCUCAACUCUCAUCUGUCCAUCCAUUAAGUUCCUGCCUCCACUGACCAACUGAGGAGCAGUAACACAUCAUAUGAUGCCUACUGCUAAGUGUUUUGUAUCUCUGAUGAUGGUGCUUGUGGCUGCAGUGUAUGUGGCUCAUGCACAGGAGAGGAUUAAGAUGUGUGGGAGAGAGCUGAUACGUCUGGCCGUCUCAUCCUGUGGGACCUCACGGCUAAGGAGAAGCAUCCCGGACAUAGAAUUGGGCCAACAUCAGCUCACUCCUCACUGGGACCGUGACGCCUCCACAGAGGAGCACCAGGCCACGGAGGCAGUCCUCAUCUCUCCAGAGUCUGGCGAGAGGAAGGAUGUCUUGUCCCUUGCUCCUCCCUGGUACCCCCUGUCCUCGCGGAUGGGACGAGCUGCUGGAAGAAUAUCUGAUAUUUGCUGUGAGAAAGGAUGCAGCAUGAAAGAGCUGAUACAGUUUUGCUAGAUUUAGCUUCCCACUUGUCACACUAUAAAAUACUUUCUUAAAGUGUUUUGAUCUGUGCUGCGAGUUUGUUUAAAGGGACCUUUACCAUAUUGCCUAAUUCUUGAGAAGUCAGAUAAAAUGAUUUUGCUAUAUUUCCAAUGAUUUAGAAUUCUGGCAAACACUGCACAUCAGUAAUUAUAGAUACUUGAUCAUAUUUAAUAAAUUCUUUUCCUUGUCAUAUAGCAGGACAAAAGACAAGAUCACAAUGUACACUGGUUUUAAGGAAAUACUGUCAAAUUGAAUUGAUU